UGCUUUGCUUCCGUGUGUCUGCCGUCAGUAAAUGGCUUCAGGAACUGAGGUGCUGAACUCCACAGUCUCCAGACACCAGAAGAAAUUUUCAGGAGACAUUUUGGAGUCGCAUUCCUCUGUCUGGGCUAUGGCACCUCUGAGCCAGAUAAGCAACCACAUCAACUCCAGCUGUGGGGCAGAAAAUGCCACAGGGGUCAACCGGGCCCGCCCACAUGCCUACUAUGCCCUGUCCUACUGUGCACUCAUCCUAGCUAUCAUCUUUGGCAAUGCCCUGGUUUGUGCAGCUGUGCUGAGGGAGCGUGCCCUGCAGACCACCACCAACUACCUAGUGGUAAGCCUGGCUGUUGCAGACCUGCUAGUGGCCACGUUGGUGAUGCCUUGGGUGGUGUACCUGGAGGUGACAGGUGGAAUCUGGAAUUUCAGCCGAAUUUGCUGUGAUGUUUUUGUCACCCUGGAUGUCAUGAUGUGUACAGCCAGCAUCCUGAACCUCUGUGCGAUCAGCAUAGACAGGUACACAGCAGUGGUCAUGCCAGUCCAUUAUCAGCAUGGAACUGGGCAGAGCUCCUGUCGUCGUGUGGCUCUCAUGAUUACAGCCGUGUGGGUGCUGGCCUUUGCUGUGUCCUGCCCUCUCCUCUUUGGUUUCAACACAACAGGAGACCCCAACAUCUGCUCCAUCUCCAACCCUGAUUUUGUCAUCUACUCUUCAGUGGUGUCCUUCUACGUUCCCUUUGGAGUGACUGUCAUGGUCUACGCCAGGAUCUACAUGGUGCUGAGACAAAGGAGACGGAAACGGGUCCUCACUAGACAGAACAGCCAGUGCAUCAGCAUCAGACCCGGGUUCCCACAGCAGUCUUCCUGUCUGCGGCUGCAUCCCAUUCGGCAGUUUUCAAUAAGGGCCAGGUUUCUAUCAGAUGCCACGGGACAAAUGGAGCACGUAGAAGACAAAAACUAUCCCCAGAAAUGCCAGGACCCUCUUUUGUCACACCUGCAGCCCCUCUCUCCUGGUCAGACGCAUGGGGAGCUGAAGCGCUACUAUAGCAUCUGCCAAGACACUGCCUUGAGGCAUCCAAGAGAAGGAGGAGAAGGGAUGAACCCGGUGGCGAGAACUCGGAACUCCUUGAGCCCCACCAUGGCACCCAAGCUCAGCUUAGAGGUUCGAAAACUCAGCAAUGGCAGGUUAUCCACCUCCCUGAAGCUGGGGUCCCUGCAGCCUAGGGGAGUACCACUUCGAGAGAAGAAGGCCACCCAGAUGGUGGCCAUCGUGCUUGGAGCCUUCAUUGUCUGCUGGCUGCCUUUCUUCCUGACUCACGUUCUUAACACUCACUGUCAGGCAUGCCAUGUGUCCCCAGAGCUUUACAGAGCCACAACUUGGCUAGGCUAUGUGAACAGUGCCCUUAACCCUGUGAUCUACACCACCUUCAACGUGGAGUUCCGCAAAGCCUUCCUCAAGAUCCUGUCCUGCUGA